CAAGCAUCGCCAAUUGCUCAUCAUGCAGCUGUUUCUGCGCGCUCAGUCUCUUCACACACUCGAGGUCUCCGGAAAUGAGACCGUCCGUGACAUUAAGGCCCAUGUGGAGGCUCUGGAGGGAGUGUGUGUGGAGGAUCAGCUCCUCCUGCUGUCUGGAGCUCCUCUGCAGGACGACUCCACGCUGCUGAACUGCGGCAUCACUGAGUUCUGCACACUCGAGGUGUCUGGCAGACUGCUGGGAGGUAAAGUCCACGGCUCUCUGGCUCGCGCUGGUAAAGUAAGAGGACAGACGCCUAAGGUGGACAAACAGGAGAAGAAGAAGAAGAAGACCGGCCGUGCCAAACGCCGCAUUCAGUACAACCGGCGCUUCGUCAACGUGGUGCCGACCUUCGGCAAGAAGAAGGGGCCGAACGCAAACUCCUAAACCAAUGAUUUACUCUGAGAUCUGAACACUCUCGUAAAAUAAAGGUUCUUCAGGAGCUCAA